AUGGCUCGGCCCAUGGGGUCAGUCCGGCUCAAGAAGGCGAAUCCUUUGACUCUCCUUCUGGGCCUGGUCCUUUGCAUCUUUAUCCUGUUCUUCCUCGUCUCGCCCUCAAACAAGGCCACCUCCCCAAGCAAGUUGCCCUCCGUCACUGCCGAGCAUCACCUCUCGCCGCCCACCUCACCCUACAAAAAGUCCACAUCCAAGUCUGGCUUGCAGUCCGGCCCGCCGCCCGUCAUUCGAUACAACCUGAAUAGCGUCACCGUUACUGCGAAUCCCAUCGAGAACAAAGAACAUGUCCUCAUCUUGACGCCCAUGGCGCGUUUCUACCAGGAGUACUGGGAUAAUUUGAUUCGCCUCAGCUACCCUCACCACCUCAUUACCCUCGGCUUCAUUCUCCCCAAGACCAAGGAAGGCAAUGUUGCCACGGCCGCCCUGCAGCAGCAGAUCCAGAGGACGCAAAAGCGCGGCCCCGAAAAGGAUCGUUUCAAGAGCAUCAUCAUUUUGCGCCAGGAUUUCGGCCCAGCCAUUGAAUCCCAGGAUGAGAGCGAGCGUCACAAGAUGUCCAACCAGAAGGCCAGGAGGGCUGUCAUGGCCAAGGCUCGCAACUCGCUUCUCUUCACCACUCUUGGUCCUGCAACUUCUUGGGUCCUGUGGCUGGACUCUGACGUUGUCGAGAGCCCACCGAGUUUGAUCCAAGAUCUCGCCCAGCACAACAAGGACGUCAUUGUUCCCAACUGCUUCCAGCGCUACUACAACGAUGAAAAGAAACAAAUGGAUCAACGGCCCUACGAUUAUAAUAGCUGGCAAGACAGUGAUAUCGCUACGCAGAUGGCUUCCAAGAUGGGCCCUGAUGACAUCUUGCUCGAGGGAUACGCCGAGAUGGCGACAUAUCGCACUCUGAUGGCUCAUCUGGCCACUGAAGGUGGUGACGAGGGGCUUAGCAUUCCCCUUGACGGCGUUGGAGGCACUGCUUUGCUGGUCAAGGCUGAUGUCCACCGUGAUGGUGCCAUGUUUCCCCCAUUUUCCUUUUACCACCUCAUUGAGACGGAAGGAUUUGCCAAGAUGGCCAAGAGACUAGGAUGGCAGCCUUACGGCCUUCCCAACUACAAGGUAUUACGCCACGGCAUGUGUUCCAAUUACUUGACAAACGAUACUAACUCGAACAAGGUCUACCAUUAUAACGAGUAA